AUGCAGACAGAUAAUGUGGCCAUUAGCCAACCACCUCCGGCACAUAUUCCAGAUAUGGGGCCAAUGUCUGAAGGCAGUGGAAUAGUUGAUCAGCCACAACAGACAUCAACCACCAGCUCCAUACAUUCUGAAGAUCAUGUACAAGCAGAGAUGCCCACCACUCCGUUUGAUAAUAUUGCUGAAGUGGCCCGCGAAAUGGACUCUAACCAUGAAAGUCACCGUCGCAAAAUGGAGGGAAGUAUGAUAUUUCUCGCCCAAUGUGUGGAUCGUCUUGCCGAUAAUGUGGAGGAAAGUUCAAAAGAGCGACGUGAAAAAGAAAACCUCACUGAAAUCCAGCACACCCAAAUUAUAGAUGGUCUGAACAACAUAAACGGGACUUUCUGCCAAAUUAACACCUUGCUCACUCAGUCCUCAUCCACCUCUAUCUCGAUGGCAACAAGUCUGGCGGUCAUUGCAGAUGAGCUACGGCGAUCACAUGUAACUAUAAGUGACUUUCCAAGCCCUUUCCUGUCCAACACACCCCAGGAGACAUAUGUUCCACGGCCCACUCCCUCAUCUAUCAGAGUGUCUCAUGCUCAACAAGAAGGCACUGCAUCCUCUUUGCGGAGAAGGCUAAUGGACGAGCAGGAAGGCCACCAGCACACUCAAGAUAAUUUCUGGGGGCUAAUAACUAGGCACUGA